CUCUCCCCCAGAACAUUCCCGACUUGCUGAUCUGCUGAAAGCCUCGAGCGUACUGGCAGGCGACACCAGAAGCUCUUGCACAUCGCCACAGAGAGAAAGACAUCACGAAGCAGAGGCUGUUUUUAUCUCCCGCGUCAGUCAGUCAGUCGGAUCAGGUACACUGCGCAGCGCCGCGUGGGACUCGAGCUGUACUUCACCAACAACCAGACAGCAGUUCCAGUCCAGAGUCUGGAGGCAGCAGACAUUAACACUGUGGAGCAGAGCGGAACGAGCUGAUCCUUCUCUCCCGGUCCCGACCUGGUCCUUACGGAACUGACCAGAGAGAGAGAGAGAUGGGAGAUGAUUAAAUAAUGUGGAUUAUAUAGUCACUCACUGGAUACAACAGCUGAACACGACGCGGUUGCAAAAGAAUUUAGACUUGAAGACUGAAGAGAUCGUUUCGGGGGGAUAUCUCUCUGCCCGGGUGGAAGAGGCGCUCAGGCAGGCUGCUUGUUGGGAUUUGAUUUUACAACUGUAUAAUAUUACAACUACAACACUUCUAGGCGGAUGUACAUAUAUAGAGUGUUUUUGGAGCAGUUUUGAGGAACCGUUUUGUUUAUUUUUAUGGUGAUAAUUAUAAAGGAUCGCUGUCAAAACGGAAUCACACAGAAAGGAUUACAAUCCUUGGGACAGUGAGAGGUAUAUCUGGGGUUGUUUCUAUGGUGACGGAGGCAGUGAUUCUGUUGGAUACCCAUGAUGCACCGGUACGAUGCCUGAGUCGGAGACAGGUCUAGUAGCUCAGCACAUCACUGUGGAGACCAGAGGAAUAGUUGCUAUGUGGUGUUCUCUCUGGCUGUCCCUCCUCCUAUACCCUCUCUCCGUCUCUACAGCCAGAUUACCCACAGUACUGCCAACAGACUCUGUGUUCCUGGAGGACUAUGUGGUCUCGACUGGGGACACCCUGGAUCUGUCAUGUAACCCCAACGGUCCCGCCCAAGCUGUCCUCUGGUUCAAGGAUGGCAGCGGCCUGUUGCCUAGCAACCGGACGCGAGUGGACCAGAGGGUUCUACGCAUCAUCAACGUGUCUUACGAGGACUCCGGCAUGUACUCCUGCCACGUCACUCACGACAACAACCUGCUCAGCAACUACACAAUCAGAGUGACAGAUUCCCUGUCUUCUGGAGAUGAUGAAGACCAUGAUGAAGACUGGGACGAUACAGAAGGCCCGUAUUGGACCAGACCGGACCGCAUGGAGAAGAAGCUCCUCGCUAUCCCAGCAGCCAAUACUGUCAAAUUCCGUUGCGCUGCCGCUGGAAACCCCACGCCCUCCAUCCAUUGGCUGAAGAAUGGGAAGGAGUUUAAGGGUGAACAGAGGAUGGGCGGGAUCAAGCUAAGGCACCAGCAGUGGAGUCUGGUGAUGGAGAGUGCUGUCCCUUCAGACCGUGGGAACUACACCUGUGUUGUACAGAACAAGUACGGCACCAUCACCCACAGCUACCAGCUAGAUGUGCUAGAGCGCUCCCCUCACAGGCCCAUCCUCCAGGCAGGUCUUCCAGCCAAUCAGACAGUGGUAUUGGGCAGUAAUGUGGAGUUCCACUGUAAGGUGUACAGCGAUGCCCAGCCUCACAUCCAGUGGCUGAAGCACAUCGAGGUGAACGGAUCCCGGUAUGGUCCCGACGGUGUCCCAUACGUCAACAUACUCAAGAGUCUAGUGAGCAGGAGAACAGAGGUUGAUGUUAUACUGGCUGUGUUGAAUGUGACCGAAGCUGAUGCCGGGAAGUACUGGUGUCGAGCAUCUAACUUUGUAGGAAAGUCAGAAAACGCCUUCUGGCUCACGGUACACAGACCAAGUAAACCAGCGCUGCACGAUGGUGACAAGGAGGAUGACUAUGCUGACAUCCUGAUCUAUGUGACGGGCUGCGUGCUGUUCAUCCUGGCCGUCGUCAUCAUCAUCCUCUGUCGUAUGAGGAUGUCUACCCAGAAGACCCUGCCCUCCCCGCCCAUCCAGAAACUCUCCAAGUUCCCCUUAAAGAGACAGCAGGUUUCCUUGGAGUCUAACUCCUCCAUGAACUCCAACACACCAUUGGUCAGGAUUGCACGUCUGUCAUCCAGCGAUGGACCAAUGCUGUCCAAUGUCUUGGAGCUGGAGCUUCCAUCAGACCCCAAAUGGGAGUUCUCUAGGACCAGGCUAACGUUGGGUAAACCUCUGGGAGAAGGCUGCUUCGGUCAGGUGGUAAUGGCGGAGGCCAUCGGGAUCGACAAGGAGAAACCCAACAAGCCCCUAGACGUCGCUGUGAAGAUGCUCAAAGACGACGCCACAGAUAAGGACCUGUCAGACCUGGUCUCAGAGAUGGAAAUGAUGAAGAUGAUUGGAAAACACAAAAACAUCCUCAACCUGCUGGGAGCAUGUACACAGGAUGGUCCCCUGUACGUGUUGGUGGAGUACGCUUCCAAAGGGAACCUGAGGGAGUACCUGAGAGCCCGUCGGCCCCCGGGGACGGACUACUCCUUCGACACCUGUAAGAUCCCUGAUGAGCAGCUCACCUUUAAAGACCUGGUGUCCUGUGCCUACCAGGUGGCGCGUGGCAUGGAGUACCUGGCCUCACAGAAGUGUAUCCAUAGAGAUCUGGCAGCCAGGAACGUCCUGGUAACCGAGGAGAACGUGAUGAAGAUUGCAGACUUCGGUCUGGCCAGAGAUGUGCACAACAUAGACUACUACAAGAAGACUACUAAUGGUCGUCUACCCGUGAAAUGGAUGGCUCCAGAGGCUCUGUUCGACCGCGUCUACACGCACCAGAGCGAUGUGUGGUCGUAUGGGGUGCUGCUCUGGGAGAUAUUUACCCUGGGAGGGUCCCCGUACCCCGGCAUCCCUGUAGAGGAGCUGUUCAAACUGCUGAAGGAGGGCCACCGCAUGGACAAACCUGCCAACUGCACACAUGAACUAUAUAUGAUCAUGAGGGAGUGCUGGCACGCUGUUCCAUCUCAGAGACCUACCUUCAGGCAGCUGGUGGAGGACCAUGACAGGGUUCUGUCCAUGACCUCCACAGACGAGUACCUGGACCUGUCUGUACCAUUUGAGCAGUACUCUCCAACCUGCCAAGACUCCAGCAGCACCUGUUCCUCAGGAGAUGACUCUGUGUUCUCCCACGACCCCCUCCCCACGACCCCCUCCCUGCCCAAAACUGCCUCUCCAUGAACCCUUCCCUGACCAACCCUGCCUCCCCAUGACCCCCUUCUCACGACCCCCUCCCUGACCAACCCUGCCUCCCCAAAAUGAGGGGGGAAUUACCUUGUCAAACUGCUGCAGAUUUAAAUGGCAAUCAGGACAUAGGGGGGGCUGGAUGGGGAGAGGAGGGGGGGGCUCCCCCGAGACACUUCUCAGCGUCAUACUUUGAGCCUCCUCCAGAUAUGAGGAAGAGAACAGCCCAUGCAAUAUAUCCUCAAACGGACAAAUUUUUUAAGAAUCUUUGCAUUGAAGGUUGGACAAUUUUUUGCCGACAAAAACUCUUUUUUUUUCUUAAAAAUGAAAAUGUAUAUUUUUUAUACUUGGCCAGUCUUUAGUUAUUGACAAUCCGAAAGGUCAAACCAUUCAGUGCCUACUGGAACCUAACUCUAACCCACAGGACUGGGAGGAGAUUGACACAAGGACAUGAACACCAUUAACCAGGGAGGCAGGGCAUCUAUAACGCCAUUGAUCAUGAAAGCAGGGAAUCUAUAACGCCAUUGGCCAGGGAAGCAGGGUAUCUAUAACGCCAUUGGCAAAAAGAAAGCAGGGUAUCUAUAACGCCAUUGGCCAGGGAGGCAGGGUAUCUAUAACGCCAUUGGCCAGGGAGGCAGGGUAUCUAGAACGCCAUUGGCCAGGGAGGCUGGGUAUCUAUAACGCCAUUGGCCAGGGAGGUAUCUAUUACGCCAUUGGCCAGGGAGGCAGGGUAUCUAUAACGCCAUUGGCCAGGGAAGCAGGGUAUCUAUAACGCCAUUGGCAAAAAGAAAGCAGGGUAUCUAUAACGCCAUUGGCAAAAAGAAAGCAGGGUAUCUAUAACGCCAUUGGCCAGGGAGGCAGGGUAUCUAUAACGCCAUUGGCCAGGGAAGCAGGGUAUCUAUAACGCCAUUGGCCAGGGAGGUAUCUAUUACGCCAUUGGCCAGGGAGGCAGGGUAUCUAUAAGGCCAUUGGCCAGGGAGUCAGGGUAUCUAUAACGCCAUUGGCCAGGGAAGCAGGGUAUCUUUAACGCCAUUGGCAAAAAGAAAGCAGGGUAUCUAUAACGCCAUUGGCCAGGGAGGCUGGGUAUCUAUAACGCCAUUGGCCAGGGAGGAUGGGUAUCUAUAACGCCAUUGGCCAGGGAGGUAUCUAUUACGCCAUUGGCCAGGGAGGCAGGGUAUCUAUAAGGCCAUUGGCCAGGGAGGCAGGGUAUCUAUAACGCCAUUGGCCAGGGAAGCAGGGUAUCUUUAACGCCAUUGGCAAAAAGAAAGCAGGGUAUCUAUAACGCCAUUGGCCAGGGAGGCUGGGUAUCUAUAACGCCAUUGGCCAGGGAGGCAGGGUAUCUAUAACGCCAUUGGCCAGGGAUGCAGGGUAUCUAUAACACCAUUGGCCAGGGAGGCAGGGUAUCUAUAACGCCAUUGGCCAGGGAGGCAGGGUAUCUAUAACGCCAUUGGACAGGGAGGCAGGGUAUCUUUAACGCCAUUGGCCAGGGAGGCAGGGUAUCUAUAACGCCAUUGGCCAGGGAGGCAGGGUAUCUAUAACACCAUUGGCCAGGGAGGCAGGGUAUCUAUAACGCCAUUGGCCAGGGAGGCUGGGUAUCUAUAACACCAUUGGCCAGGGAGGCAGGGUAUCUAUAACGCCAUUGGCCAGGGAGGCUGGGUCUCUUUACCUCUCCUCAGUGGAGUACACGGGAACUAGUUUUUGCAAAUGUGCAGCAUACCAGCAGAGCCAGAAUCAACAAAAUGAUGUGACUAGUUCUUCCAAUAACAGUUAGUGCUUUACUCCAAGAUCCCUCACCCUCACCUCUGUUGAAUCAUCUCAACCAUCAUGAAUCAGAAUGGGACUACAAUACAACAAUCUGAACCAGGACUGUAACAGAAGUCUCUGCUGUUUGAAACUCUGAUGGGAACCAAGCUGCAGUCAGCCCUUCAACAGGAGGGAAACAUAGAACCAGUCUCUCUGAUGAGAACCAAGCUGCAGUCAGACCCCUCAACAGGAGGGGAACAUAGAACCAAUCUCUCUGAUGGGAACCAAGCUGCAGUCAGACCCUUCAACAGGAGGGAAAUAUAGAACCAAUCUCUCUGAUGGGAACCAAGCUGCAGUCAGCCCUUCAACAGGAGGGAAACAUAGAACCAGUCUCUCUGAUGAGAACCAAGCUGCAGUCAGACCCCUCAACAGGAGGGGAACAUAGAACCAAUCUCUCUGAUGGGAACCAAGCUGCAGUCAGACCCUUCAACAGGAGGGAAAUAUAGAACCAAUCUCUCUGAUGGGAACCAAGCUGCAGUCAGCCCUUCAACAGGAGGGAAACAUAGAACCAGUCUCUCUGAUGAGAACCAAGCUGCAGUCAGACCCUUCAACAGGAGGGAAACAUAGAACCAAUAUCUCUGAUGGGAACCAAGCUGCAGUCAGACCCUUCAACAGGAGGGAAAUAUAGAACCAAUCUCUCUGAUGGGAACCAAGCUGCAGUCAGACCCUUCAACAGGAGGGAAAUAUAGAACCAAUCUCUCUGAUGGGAACCAAGCUGCAGUCAGACCCUUCAACAGGAGGGAAAUAUAAUUGGGGGUGUUUCUAUGUAUCUUUAAAACGUUUUAAUUGUAAAUAUAUAAAUGCAAAUAUGUAUCAUAUUGCUGUCAGCAGCCAUGUGCUUAAAAUGAGAUUUUUUUCUUAUAAAAUAUUGUUUUAGAAUCAAAGCAUUGCAAUCUAGAAUACACUGUCAUGAUCAUGUAAUAAUUUAAAGUGAUACAGAAGGUUUAUUUGAAUUAUUAACAUGUAUAUUUGUAAAGAUAUUUAUAGACUUAACAUGUAGUUCAUAAGGUAGAACAAUCUUGUUCAGGAUUUAGUACUGUAAGCAAAGAUGUUUUAUUUAUUUUUCUGUAACUUAUGUAAAGCAGAACAAUAUUAUUUUCACGA